AUGGGGUUAUAUUCGGGCUCGGAUACUGGGACCACUUGUGGAGCUCCUGAUGAGGAGGAGUUGAAUGGGGACAUGUCGAAGGGUUUUGGGAGGAGUGAGCGAUCAUUUAUCCAGACCAGCUUGCAGGGAAGUCCUGCACCACCCGCAAGGCGGACAAUGACAACCCCAACAAAUAGCACGGACCUGCAGCUAACCAAUGACCGUAGUGGAUUCGGUAAGAAUUUACAUGGCGCUUGUUUUGCGCGGGUCGCCUCCAUCCGCCGAUUGAUUGACAUCAGUGGGUCGACGGCUGAGCCGAAAAGUCCUGGCCGAACUGCGAGAAUCAAACGAAUGGGAGAGGCCUAUCAGGGCCACUGGGAAGACUGUACAGGGGAUCAUGCGCAUGCAUGGGAAGCGCCAGGAACUGCUACCCUGAGUGGGAGGAUGAGGAUCAGGGUUGGCCGGUGUCAGGCAGUGCCUAAUUUAGAGCGCUUAGUUUCUUGCUUGUGUGCUUUCGCUGACAUGAGUGCGAGAGUCGUGAGUGUUUUGCCGAGUAAAGUAAAGAGGCCCGAGGUUGCUACUCGACUAGGUGGCAUAAGUGGCCCACAUCUCACGGGUCAUCACUGUACUGUGAUCUCAAGGUUGAACGUUGAUAUCCCCUCUUUCAACUCAGUAGUGAGCUUUCUAUAUCGUUAUUAUCAGAGCGAAGGAGUAGUAAAGCGACUAGCUUUGUGGGUAGGAGAGGAGAGAAGAGGGGAACCCUGUGACUGGGGAGCGAUGCGUCGCCGAUCGGGGUCGGAAGAAGUGGCUGCGCCGCAUAUUUUCCAUGAGCCCCUAAGGGCGGUUGGGAUGGACUGCCAAUUGAAUUCAGGCUGGUUGGUCAAAGAUAAAAGUGAUCGGAGCACGCACUGUUUGCGUAUUCGCACAAGGCCAACCUGUGUGGUGUUAAGGGCAAGAAAACCGACCACAGGUUCAGCUCAGACGGGAGCACGCCGACCGGGCUCAACCCUUGUGCCCAAAGUACUCUGCUCUUGGCAAAUUGAAAGUGGGAACAGAGGGUUCACUAACCAGUCGGGGUUGAACGCUUGGACAACAGAGGAAAGCCGCGACGGCCCGGUGUAG